AUGACAAGUCCUAUAGAAUCCUGCCAGAACUUCUACAAAGAUUUCACAUUACAGAUCGAUAUGGCCUUCAACGUCUUUUUCCUUCUGUACUUUGGCUUGCGGUUUAUAGCAGCCAAUGACAAGCUGUGGUUCUGGCUGGAGGUCAACUCAGUGGUCGACUUCUUCACAGUCCCUCCUGUGUUUGUGUCUGUCUACUUAAACAGAAGCUGGCUUGGUUUAAGGUUCCUGAGAGCACUCAGACUGAUACAGUUCUCUGAAAUCUUACAGUUUUUGAAUAUCUUGAAAACAAGCAAUUCUAUCAAGCUGGUGAACCUGUGUUCCAUCUUUAUAAGCACAUGGCUCACAGCUGCUGGAUUCAUACACUUGGUGGAAAACUCAGGGGAUCCCUGGGAAAACUUCCAGAAUUCCCAGUCACUUUCCUAUUGGGAAUGUGUCUACCUGCUGAUGGUGACUAUGUCCACAGUAGGCUACGGGGAUGUCUAUGCAAAAACCACCUUGGGACGCCUGUUUAUGGUCUUCUUCAUCCUCGGUGGUUUGGCCAUGUUUGCCAGCUACGUCCCUGAAAUCAUAGAGUUAAUAGGAAACCGCAAGAAAUAUGGUGGUUCCUAUAGUGCGGUUAAUGGGAGAAAGCAUAUUGUGGUCUGUGGUCAUAUUACCCUCGAAAGUGUCUCCAACUUCCUCAAAGACUUCCUACACAAGGACAGGGAUGAUGUCAAUGUUGAAAUUGUUUUUCUCCAUAAUAUUUCCCCUAAUCUUGAGCUGGAAGCCUUGUUCAAACGUCACUUUACCCAAGUAGAAUUCUACCAGGGAUCUGUUCUCAACCCUCACGAUCUAGCCCGAGUGAAGAUCGAGUCAGCAGAUGCCUGCUUAAUCCUGGCCAACAAAUAUUGUGCAGAUCCUGAUGCUGAAGAUGCCUCCAACAUCAUGAGGGUUAUUUCGAUCAAGAACUACAGUCCUAAGAUCAGAAUAAUUACACAAAUGCUACAAUAUCACAACAAGGCCCAUCUGCUGAACAUUCCAAGCUGGAACUGGAGGGAGGGUGACGAUGCUAUCUGCCUGGCAGAGCUGAAAGCCGGCUUCAUUGCCCAGAGCUGUCUGGCCCAGGGCCUGUCCACCAUGCUAGCCAACCUCUUCUCCAUGAGGUCUUUCAUUGAGAUUGAGGAGGACACAUGGCAGAAGUAUUACCUAGAAGGAGUGGCUAAUGAGAUGUACACAGAGUAUUUGUCCAGUGCCUUUGUGGGCCUCUCCUUCCCCACCGUCUGUGAGCUGUGUUACGUGAAGCUGAAGCUGCUGCUUAUUGCUAUCGAAUACAAGUCUGAGCAGAGAGAGAGCAGCAUCCUCAUCAACCCAGGAAACCAUGUCAAGUUGCAGGAGGGAACACUGGGAUUCUUUAUUGCCAGUGAUGCCAAAGAAGUGAAGAGAGCUUUUUUCUACUGCAAAGCUUGUCAUGACGACAUCACGGACCCAAAGCGGAUCAAGAAGUGCGGCUGCAAACGACUUACAUCUUUUCUCCCUCUGUGUGACCUGCCACUUGUCUUUGCAUUCUCCUCAGCCAAAUAUAAGUAUAAUGGAUAUGUCAGACCACCAGAUGGCGCUACAACACCAGGGAACAGUGGAAGUCAGAAAGAGGCUGGCGUUCGAUUCAAAGCUGAUUGCAAUUUAGUCGAGGACGAGCAUCCAUCAACUCUCUCGCCCAAAAAAAAGCAGCGCAACGGAGGGAUGCGAAACUCGCCCAACUGCUCGCCCAAAAUGAUGAGUCGACACGAUCCCCUUCUUAUUCCUGGAAACGAACAAAUCGAGAACAUGGACAUGAACGUGAAGAGGUAUGACUCGACAGGGAUGUUUCACUGGUGCCCAUCAAAGGAGAUCGAAAAAGUCAUCCUGACCCGGAGUGAAGCCUCGAUGACGGUCCUGAGCGGUCAUGUAGUGGUCUGUAUAUUUGGGGAUGUCACGUCCGCUUUAGUGGGGCUGCGAAACCUGGUGAUGCCUUUAAGAGCAAGUAACUUCCAUUACCACGAGCUGAAGCCCAUAGUGUUUGUGGGCUCACUGGAUUACUUACGAAGAGAGUGGGAGACGCUGCACAACUUCCCCAAGGUGUCCAUAUUACCUGGUACACCAUUAAGUCGGGCAGAUUUAAGGGCUGUCAACAUCAACCUCUGCGACAUGUGCGUAAUACUGUCAGCCAAUCAGAACAAUAUCGAAGACGCCUCUCUGCAGGAUAAGGAAUGCAUCUUGGCAUCACUCAACAUCAAAUCUAUGCAGUUUGAUGACAGCAUUGGGGUCUUACAGGCUAAUUCCCAAGGUUUCACGCCCCCUGGAAUGGACAGGUCAUCUCCAGACAGCAGCCCAGUACAUGGCUUUGUGCGUCAGGCUUCCGUCACCACCGGAUCCAACAUCCCCAUCAUCACAGAACUAGUGAACGACUCAAACGUUCAGUUCCUGGACCAGGAUGAUGAUGAUGACCCAGACACAGAGCUGUACCUCACUCAGCCUUUCGCCUGCGGCACCGCCUUCGCUGUCAGUGUGCUCGACUCUCUGAUGAGUGCGACGUACUUCAAUGAUAACAUCCUGACGCUGAUUCGGACACUGGUCACAGGGGGAGCCACACCAGAGCUGGAGGGCCUGUUGGCUGAGGAGAACGCUCUGAGAGGAGGUUACAGCACACCGCAAACACUGGCCAACAGAGACAGGUGUCGCGUGGCCCAGCUAGCUCUCUACGACGGGCCAUUUGCUGACUUGGGGGACGGCGGUUGCUACGGGGACUUGUUCUGUAAAGCACUGAAGACGUACAACAUGCUGUGUUUUGGAAUCUACAGAUUGAGAGACGCUCAUCUCGGUUCCCCGAGCCAGUGUACAAAACGGUAUGUGAUCACGAACCCACCGUACGAGUUUGAGCUCGUUCCCUCAGACCUGAUCUUCUGCCUCAUGCAGUUCGACCACAACGCAGGCCAGUCUCGGACAAGCUUGUCCCACUCUUCCCACUCCUCCCAUUCCUCCAGCAAAAAGAGCUCCUCUGUCCACUCCAUCCCGCCCUCCAACCGGCAGAACCGCAGCAGUAAGACCCGGGAGGGCCGCGACAAACAGAAAAAAGAAAUGGUUUACAGAUGAACCAGAAAAUGCCUACCCACGGAACAUUCAGAUCAAGCCCAUGAGCACUCACAUGGCCAACCAAGUCAACCAAUACAAAUCCACCAGUAGUCUGAUUCCACCAAUCAGAGAAGUUGAAGAUGAAUGCUGAACACGACAGGGUUUUCUUGCUGACUCACCAGACAUCUGUACGCGCUUUCAAAAGAGACGAGAAAAGAUCGCCUGUGGAGGAGUGACGAUGAUGAUCACAGGGAUGUUGAAGACUAAAGCAUUUCUCUUCUCUCAUUCUUCGAAUCAAGAGUCGGACAGGAACCCAAACUGGACGGACCUCCUAUGUGUAUACCUUUAAUGUUACUUCCAUGCUCUUGGACAUUGUUUUAUUUAUUAAUGUAUCCAUAGUGAUGUACAUAAUGACAAUCAAAUAAGGAUUGUACAGCCCCUUCCCCCUAGCACUUUUUGGAAUUAUUUUAAGAGUUGACAAAAAAAAAGAGUACUUCCUGUAAUUCUUUGCAAUAUUUCACCUCUUCGUGUGACCAGACUCAACGGCUGAGGCCGCUGGUUCUCGGAGGAUGAGGGUUGCAGUGAUGAGCUGAUCAUAUCAUAUCUCCCAAAGAGCUGCCCAGAUGCUUCAAGUUAAACCAGCUGGGUUCAUUGACUUCAUAUCUCCUGUCUGCUUCUGUUCUAUUUGCACUAAAACUGAAUAAGUUUCUUUUGACAGAACAACUUGAACCAUCUGAUUCCCCUUCAAAUCAAAUAUUGUGAAGGAAGAAAGAAAGGGACGGAGGGCUGCUUGGCUUCAAAGGCAUACUAAUCUUGUUCUUAGGUUGUUGUACAUCAUGUCGUCGCUUAAGGUUUGCUACUUCUCCGUUGACUCGUCAUGUUGAGUGGCAGCAUUCCAGUCCUGCAGAAGAAAUUCAUCUCACAAACCAGUAGACUUAAACAACUUAGAGGAUGGUGCAGUGUCGGUGUUUGCUGGCUGAAAGAGAAAACCCUGUACCUACAUGUCUUCUGCUGAUACGUCAGAUCAUAAUGCCUGUGACUCUGUUUUCAGCUCCUAUCGCAUGAUAUGUGCCUGAGCCCCCUCCAUAACAGAUACAGGGUGGUUGAUCAAGCUGAAUACCUGAGAAGGAUGAAAAAAAAAAAUCUUCUCUGUCCUUCAUGCGUUAAGGAGCUUUUAUGUUAUGUACAAGCUGUGUGUGUGUAUGUAUGCAUCGCGGCCAUUUGUCCUGCUGGUGUUGCGCUGAUCAGUGCUGUCGUCUCCUCCAUCAGCUUGUACGUGAUGGUGAAUCUUUGAAGGAACAGCAUGUGUGAUUUCAGCUCAAAAAAAUGAACGUCAAGGUUGAAUUUAUGAAGAAAAAUCUAGAGGGUUUGGAUCUACUAACAAAAAACUGUUGCAUCAAAACCAAAAUCCCCAACUAUGUUUGAGCCUAUCACGAACAGCAGCGGCGUGCCCACCGUUAAACACUUUGCCGUGAAUUCUGCGGCAAGAAUUGGGAUCACAAAGACGAGUGGUGUAUUUUCUGAAUGUUUUUCUGUUAAUAAUGACUAAGAGAAAUGCCACAUAUUGCGUAAAAGUGGGCAUCAAUGGGUCCUCCUUUAAUCGGAGCAACUGCCUGGCACAGGGUUGGCACAGAGGCAGUAAAGCGCUUGGAUGUUCUCUGUCGCCAAUCCAGAUGUUACACGCCUCAAAACUCUCAGGAGUUAAAGAUGCUGUUCUGUCCCCCAUUGUGGGAAAAAUGCUCAAACGUAGUUGGGUGGAAACGCAACCAUGCCACAGACUGCUAAUAAGGACACUGGAGAGGAACCGGUGUUCUUCAUGUCAGCCUGUGUGCCACAGAAGAGUGUAUUUUGCACAUGUUUAGGAAUUAAUCGAUCCAAAUCCAGCUGUGAUGGAGGAUUGAGGUGGUAGCCUUGUUUAUCCUGAAAACAUAAACUUAUAUACAAAAUAUUAAGUUGGAUUUAUACAUAUAAACAUAAUUAUUUUGUAUCCAUACACAUAUUCAACUUGUAAUUAUUUUUCUAGAAAAGAGCCAAGUAAUUAAAAAAGCAAGUAUUAUAAGAUUUAAAAAGAGUUAAAUGAUAUCUUUAACGACUUCAUAUCAAAUGAUUUAGUGUUCCACUAUAUCACCUUUAUUUAACUUCAUACUCAGACAAAAGAUUAUUUUUUUAUCACCUAAUCCCACGUUAACAAACUGCGUCACCCUGGAGCCAGUGAGGCUUGGACUAGCUUGCAUUGUGAAACCACCAUCUUCAGCCUGGCAGCUCAGCUCUGUUGAGUGCUUGUAGAAAUCAAUGAAUGCUCACCUCGUUUAGUCGCACUGAUGAGCAAUUACCAAAUAGUAUGUCUGCUGCUUAGCAUUGCUAGCUACCAACAUGCAGACAGAGGAACAGAUGUAGAGGAGGGAAAGAAAUGUCGUGUUUAAAUUGAGGGCAAAUCUGAGCAGAAUUAAUAAAGAGAAGACGACUGUGUGUGCAGGCCAGAACUGAAUGACCUUCAUUAGAUAUGUUUGACCUAAAUUAGGUCCCUGGUGUAGAGGAAGAGUGUGUACUCUACAGCACAGUGUGCUGGUGUUAUCAACAGAAUAUGACACGGAGACGCUGCCAGGUCUCCGCUAUAGACUGUAAAAAGUAAAAAUGACAUAAAUAAUUUAGGAUUAUGCGAAAGAACAUAAUAAUGUGCUACAUUUGUCUGUGUAAAUUCAACCCAUGAGAAUAGGCCACAUUUCUUUUUCAAACCAAAUGAUCAGAGCUUCAAUGUCUGUCUAUUGGAUGUGUUGCAACUAUACUGAAGCCUCAUACACAUUGUCCUGAAGUGAACUUUGAACUGUGAUUACAUCGUCGUCACACUUUGUAGCAAAUAGAUUUCUUUUCAGAAGAUAUGUUAGUAAUAUGUAUGUUUAAUUGGGUUGUUCACGGCCUAUUUGCCAGCCGGAAAAAUAAGGAACUACUCAUAUUUGAUAAUGGCAAUGACGCAUUAUACAUAGAAUUGACAAAUUGAUUGUUGAGCUAAAAAAAAAAAAAAAAAAGAUUAAUGUCGAUGUUGAAAA